AUGUCACGAGAUGGCAAUAGUCACAAUAACAGUUUUUGUAUGCGUAUGCAAUUUGCAGGAAGAAAAGAGGUAUUUUUGUCAGGGUUUUGA